GCUUGCUGUACAAUACGCAAUGUCAAGGCAAUCCAACCGAACCACAGACAGCAAAAAGAUGGUAAGGAGUCGUGUUCUGCUUACACUGGAACUCAGAGCUAUUCACUCUGACGUACGGGGCUCUGGUAACCCAGCUGUGUAAGGACUAUGAGAAUGAUGAGGAAGUCAACAAACAGCUGGAUAAGAUGGGAUACAAUAUCGGAGUGCGUCUCAUUGAGGACUUUUUGGCGCGCUCCAGCGUUGGGAGGUGUCAGGACUUCAGAGAAACAGCCGAUGUCAUCGCUAAGGUGGCGUUUAAGAUGUACCUGGGCAUUACGCCGAGUGUGACCAACUGGAGCCCGGCUGGGGACGAGUUCUCCCUGAUCUUGGAGAGCAACCCCCUGGUGGACUUUGUGGAGCUGCCCGACAACCACAGCACCCUAGUCUACUCCAACCUGCUGUGUGGAGUGCUCAGAGGAGCUCUAGAGAUGGUGCAGAUGGCCGUGGAUGUUAAGUUUGCUCAGGACAGCCUGAGAGGAGACAAUGUUACAGAGAUCCGCAUGAAGUUCAUCAAGAGAAUUGAAGAGAACCUGCCGGCUGGGGACGAGUGAGAGACUGAGAGAGGGAGAAACAGCGUCCCUCUCCCUCUGCUUCCCUUCCUGCUCUCCAUCCAUCCUGGGUCUGAGGUCACCCAGGGGGUUGGGGGUGAGAGAGAGAGAAUAGGAAAUAUUUCAUUGAGAGUAUAUAACAGGGAGAGACCAAGAACCAAGAAAAGUGGGCGUGGUUGAAAUGUAAUCUUUGAGUCUUUUUUCCUUCAACUGCACUGAUGUAAAGACAAAAGUUAGACAGGUGGGAUGUAAAUGUUUGCUAUCACCUCUAGUGUUUUCAAAUUAGUACAGAUUAAGAAAAAUAGACAAAAAUACUUGUGGUGUUUGAUUUGCAUCCUUUGAUUUAUGGACUUCAUGCUGAAAUUUGAUCCCUGACAUUGGCUCUCUCAUCCUUGACUUCUAACCUCUUAAUCCCUGGCCUUUCUUCUCCUGGAAUGAGCAACUCUUUGGACACCUCAUCAUUUUAUAUGUUCAUUUUAAAUACCAGGAGGAUUUCCAAGAAAAACCUGCCAGUUAUUCUAGAUUAUUUCCUAAUGAAAUUGGGCAGGGAAUGCUAUUGGGCCUUUAGAAAUCAAAUUUGUAUUCAGUAAUUUGCAUUUGUUUCAUAUGGAACAAUUGUAAUAGGUUUCACUACCAUGUCAAAUUUGGUUUUCUGAAGUGUGUUGUGCAUGUUAUAUUAUGACGUGCAAAGUUUUGUUUUUAUGUUGGGUUUGUCUUUUUUUUGAUAACUAGAACAUUAUAAAGGUUGACGUUAGUCAUUGUGUACAAGAUCUUUGUUAUGAUAGACACUUUAUGGCAAUGUUUAUUUAAUUAGGCUGAUAUGUCAUUAAAAAGGUCAUCAGAUUGACAUAUCCAGUAGUUACUGGUAAGUUA